ACUCUGUAUUUCUUCAACCUCACUCUGCUUUCAUUCACACCGCCACUCCCAUUCCUGCCCGCCCUGAGAUUGGAUACCUGUAAUAUCAAUCUAUGUCAGCCAUUUGAUCUAGCAGAACAGCCUCUAUCACUCACCAACACAACCUCAACCAGUUCACCAACCGACACCAUGCGUUCCACACUCAUGCUCGCUGUCGCAUCAGCCCUUGUGGCCACCUCCGCCGCCUCCGACGCCCCCAAGGUCACCGGCAACCCAACAGACGUGACCUACAAAGCCCAGAUCGCCCCCGACAACAAGAACGGCGUCUCGGGCUUUGUUGAGAUCGCUGCUGGCCCUCAGGGCAACGGCGCCAGCAUCAAGUACCAAUUCGACCUUCCCAAGGAGGGCGGACCUUUCACCUUCCACAUCCACGAGAACCCCGUCAACGCCACCGGCCUCUGCGCCUCCACCAGCGCCCACCUUGACCCCUACCACGCCGGCGAGAAGCCCGCCUGCGACACCAGCAAGCUCUCCGCCUGCCAAGUCGGCGACCUCUCCGGCAAGAUCGGCGACAAGCUCCCCAGCGGCGCCAUCGUAGGCGAACUCGAUGACGCGUUCACCAGCCUCGUUGUUGGCGCUCCGGCGUUUAUCGGCAAUAGGAGCAUUGUUGUGCAUGCUUCUGAUAAGACGAGGAUUGCCUGUGCUAACUUUGCGUUGGUGAACUCCGCCGGCGGCUCGAGAGGUGGGAGUGCGAGCCCUACUGGUGGUGCUGGGGGUGGUGGAUCGGCUAGGAAUGGAACUGGUGCUACGCGCCCGAGUGUCACGCCGACUGCUACGCAUACUGGUGCCGCUGCGGUGGUGUCGGGGAGCGUGUUGGGAUUGUUGGGCGUUUUGGCUGUGGGAGCUGCGCUUUUGUAAGGGGAUGAUGGGGUGAUUGACUGGCUUUGGCUUAUAGAGGCAGUGGUGGUGGGGGGUUUAUUCUUGUGUGAUUGAUUUGGGGGUGGGUUUAUAUCUGCGGAUUGUGGGUUGGUUGGUGGGGGACUUAAUAGUACGUGGGUUGGGUUGGUGGGGGGACUUAAUAGUAUGUGGAGAGGGGUUGAUAGAUGGGGGUGAGAGAUGCUGAUGUGAUUAUUGGGAGAGUAGGAAUUACUUCCGAUAUGAUGCGAGGGUUUUGAGGGGGUGUGAGGGUGCUUGUGAGAUGUGAUGUGACAUGGAGGAGGGUGUAAGGAGUAGGAAGUUGAAUAGUGGUAUUCAUAAAAUGCAGUGGAGAUGUGAUGAAUACCCCGCAGAGAAGUGAUGCGAGAAGUAACUGUAGCAAUACCGAGCCAGCAAAACAGCAACGCAAGAAGCUGCGUUGUAUUUCUUCUGAUGGUUGGAUUGCACGGUACAGAACAGAAAAUGGACG